UCAAACUCCAAACCGAAUCACAUCUUCCUUUCUCUGUUCUGCAUUUCUUUGAUACCUUUUUGUCUCUUAUUUGAAUUCCCUUCCCCUUCCAAAUUCCCAACAAGCUCUGCAACUCCAACCAGAUCAAUCAUAGCUGAUGAUGCACAGAUCAUGGCGAAGGCCAGAGGAAUAACAACACGAAGACAUCAUGGAACAACGACGACGACAACAACAACAACAACUGCACAAUGCAAUCACAACCCUCAUCAUCAUCAUCAUCAAUUUCAUCAUUUUUGCCCAAUCACAACAACCACAACAAGGAUUUGUUAGCAUACAGUGCUGUGCAGAGGCUAACUUCACAGAACAAAUCACCAACAUCACUUACAUACCCGACGACAACUGGUACCCCGACAAAACUAGUUGUCGAGACACCAAACACGGCGCUCAAAGAAAGUCGAGAAUUUUUAGCUCCGAAUACAACAACUGCAAAUGGUGUUACACCUUGCCAACAAGAAUCAAUGGCGUAUACCUCAUUCGAGCAACUUUUCCUCUAAAAAAUGCGUCGCCGGAUAGCUUCUUCAAAGUUUCUAUCGGCGCAACAAUCUUAGCAAGAGUGAAUUCAGACAGCAAACCAUACGUCGAAGCGAUAUUUAAAUCCGCAACUAAAAACUACACUCACUUCUGCUUGGUGAAAGGCAAAGGAAAAGCAUUUCUUUCGAAGAUGGAACUACGGCCUUCGCAUCAAGAUUACGUCAAGAAAAAUGCUUCGAGAGUGCUUAAACUCCUCGAUCGAGUCGAUGUAGGAAACAAAGAAUCUGACAUCAAGUACCCGACCGAUCCAUACGAUAGGCUAUGGAGAGCACAUUCUUACCACGAUCCAACGGUUAAUUACAUAUCGUCGUCUUCUUCCUCGUACAAUGGAAAUAUCACCAUUGCAGACAGCAUGUUGCCUCCACCUCAAGUACUGCAAACAGCUCUAACUCAUAAAGAAAGGUUAGAGUUUUAUUACAAAGAUCUCGAUGAAGGAAGCCAUGAUUAUAACAUCUACCUCCAUUUUCUCGAGCUCAACAACUCUGUUCGAUCAGGGGAAAGGAUCUUUCAUGUGUAUAUCAACAAUGAAAAAAAACAAGAGAUCGAUAUAUUAGCCACUGGCUCGCAUUACUUGGCAACUUUUUUGAACUUCACAGCAAAGGGAACUCUAAAUCUGACAUUAGUAAAAGCCCCAAAUGCUCGGUUGGGACCGAUUUGCAAUGCCUACGAGAUUCUACUACAGACUUAUUCAGGACAUGAAGAGAUGAAUGAAGAUGAAGUGAAUGCAAUUACGAAAGUGAAGGAUGAGUUAGUUGCAGAGAACAAAGAUAAUCAUGUGUUGCAAACCUGGUCAGGUGAUCCUUGUCUUCCUCUUCCAUGGCAUGGCUUGUCUUGUGAAGCUUUCAAUGGUACUUUGGCUAUCACUAAAAUGGAUUUAUCCAAAAGCAGACUUGCGGGACCUCUCCCUCCAAGCAUGGCUGAGUUGAUUCACCUGAAAGAAUUGAAUUUGAGCAGCAAUCGAUUUACUGGUACAAUUCCACGAUUUCCAGCUUCCUCCAUGUUGAUCUCACUGGAUGUGAGGAACAAUGACCUGACAGGAAACAUCUCAUGGUCUGUUUCAGACAUUUCCCAUUUGAACAUACUGUACUACGGUUGCAAUCGUCACCUCCAUGAAAGACUUCCUCAAAACAAAUCAAACUUGAUUACAGACGAUGGGAAGUGCAACAAUAGUUCAUCUUCCCAUUCAGCCAAAGCAAUUCUCAUAGGCACAAUAGCAGGAGGUAUUUUGCUGGUUGCAGUUGUAGCUGGAGCAUGCUUUGUUUGCCUGUACAGAAAAAAGCCGAAAAAAUUCGAGGCGAAAGGGCACACAAUGUCAAAGAAUGCAAUCUAUUCGGUAUCGAGCACAGAAGAUGUUACGGCUAAAUCGAUAUCAAUACAGUGUUUCACAUUGGAGUGCAUAGAAAAUGCAACACAGAGGUACAAGACAUUGAUCGGUGAAGGUGGAUUCGGACCAGUUUAUCGUGGUACUCUUCCGGAUGGCCAAGAUGUGGCGGUGAAAGUUCGAUCAGAUACUUCGACUCAGGGAACUCGCGAAUUCAACAAUGAGCUGAACUUACUUUCAUCGAUUCGCCAUGAAAACUUAGUACCGUUGAUCGGUUAUUGUUCCGAGAAUGACCAACAGAUUUUGGUCUACCCUUUCAUGUCCAAUGGCUCAUUGCAAGAUCGUCUAUACGGAGCAGCAUCGAAACGUAAAACUCUGGACUGGCCGGCGAGACUUUCGAUUGCUUUGGGUGCAGCAAGAGGUUUGACAUAUCUUCACACGUUCUCGGAGCGUUGCCUAAUUCACAGAGAUGUGAAGUCAAGUAACAUACUUCUGGAUCACAGCAUGUGUGCAAAAGUUGCAGAUUUUGGAUUUUCAAAAUAUGCUUCUCAGGAAGGAGACAGUGGCACUUCACUGGAAGUUAGAGGCACUGCUGGAUACAUGGAUCCAGAGUAUUACUCAACACAGCAUCUAUCUGCAAAAAGUGAUGUCUUCAGCUUCGGGGUUGUUCUACUGGAAAUCGUAUGUGGUCGAGAGCCUCUCAAUAUAAACAGGCCGCGGAACGAGUGGAGCUUGGUAGAAUGGGCGAAACCUCAUAUAAGGAACUCAAGAGUCGAAGAAAUUGUGGAUCCGAGCAUAAAGGGAAGCUACCAUGGCGAAGCAAUGUGGCGAGUGGUGGAGGUAGCUCUGGCAUGUAUUGAACCUUACUCGGCUUAUCGUCCAUCCAUGUCGGAUCUUGUUCGUGAGCUGGAAGAUGCCUUCAUCAUCGAAAACAAUGCCUCUGAAUAUAUGAGGUCCAUCGAGAGUUUUGGAGGAUCCAAUCGAUAUUCUAUAGAGAGACCUAUUGCUCUACCAAAUCCAAUUCCAGCAGAACCAUCCCCUAUUCUUUUGCAGCCAUCUCCCCCUCAGCCAAGAUGAAGCUAUUAAUUAACUGAAACAGUUAUGGUGAAAUUGUUAGACUUGAUUAUCAUUGGAGUUUGGCAAUAACAUUUAGACGAAGGUAAGUAGAAGACAGUAGCUGCAUUUUCUUGACAUUUUUUUUUUCUAUUACCAGAGGUGUGUAAAUACUAAGACAGGUUGUCUACAAGCUAGCCAGAUGGACUUCUCAAGACUUAGUCAUGGAGUUUUAGUCUCUACUAGGCAGCAUGGGCAUUAUAAUUGUAUUCGGAUACACUA